UUGGGCUGUGCAUUGCGUGGAGGCUGAGCAAGGACUAGUGGAGACUGGACUGAGUACAGUUUGAGUCCAGUCCACGCGACACGAAGAUUGGAGACUCAGGGGUUGUGCCAGAAACGAAAACAGGGUGUUUCAGAGUUAAAGUACUCCAUGAAAACGGGGAGUUCUGUUCUUUGGAGAUGGCUUCUUGCUGGAACAGUGAAGUGGUAGGAGAUCACACAGGAGUCUUGUCUGCAUCUCCAUAUUCCCUUCUCCAUUAGUCGCCUCGGUGAGCCAGGAAAUAAGAAUUCUAAAACCAGGAAUACGUUUGGGCUGUAGGGGGCUGGCUGCAGUGAGCGGCUGCGGGUAAGGGCAGGGCGGGGGAGUGAGAAGGGGGAGGAGGGAGGGAGGGAGGGCGAAGGGGUGGAGCUCCCUGGAGUUCUUGUUUGGAGUGGAGGAGAGAGGAAUUGGAAAGUGUGAUUAUUGGGUAAGUACGCAAUCAAUCACAGAUGUCUCUGUGCAGCAUGUUUUGUGAGUGGCAGGAGGAGGAGGUGUGCGGAGAAUGGAAUGUGACUCAGCGCAGUCUCUAGGAGGGUUCUUCAACUGAUUGUAUAUGGUGCAACUGAUCAUUCUUGGAAGGAAGUUUGGGUAAGGGGUGUUGGCUCACGGAAGGGGAGUGUACAAAACGGGGGAGGGAAAGGCGGAGGAGAAGGGGUAAGGAGGUGGCGGGAGAGGGAGGGAGGAGGGUUGGAACUCCCUCUUGUUCUUGUUCGGAGCAGAGGAGAGAGGUAUUACAAAUGAUUCAUCACUCACCUCAAAGUUUCUGGGCAGUUCUUGUCAUCUGCGGCAGGAGGAGGAGCUGUGCGGAGGAUUGGUUGUGAUUCAGUGGAAUCACUAGGUGGCUUCUUCAAUUGAUUGGUACCACACGACUGAUCAUUCUUGGAAGGUAGUCUGGGUAAGGUAGCAGAGGGUUGGCUCGGAGAAGGGAGUUUUUGGAAAGAGGGCAAGGAAAGGCCAGAAGUGAAGCUGGGUGGCUACUCCUCUGUGCACCAACCAUAAUGGGCUUGUCAUGCUCAAAGAUGGUUUCGGCCAGAGAAAGCACAGGGGACGGGGAAGUGGCUGUAGUGUCUAGCUCGAAGGGCGCAAAUGGUGCAUCAGUGUGGGUUGAGCGCAAAGUGCAUGCUAUUCCCGCGGGCUAUUGCAUCAGAGGAGUGAAGAAAGGGCAUUCUGUAGAACAGGCACCACUCAAACAAGCACCAGAGGGAUGGACAGCAAAGAAAGCCGCAGCGGCCCUCUCAGCCGCAGGGGCAGAAGCAGCAGGGGGUGGGCAUGAGGGGUACGAAGGGAAUAUUGUCACUUCUUCUACACCUGUCAGCCCAGUGGUAGGAGAGAAUCCUGGCUCAGCAAUGGUGGUGGAUGGUGCUACUUUGGAGAAAUGUAAUCGUCAAGCUCAUGUGGAUGAAGCACCGAGCUUAUGCCGAACUAUGAUUGUGGUGCCGAAGGAGGAAGGAAGAGUCAGUGGAGCAGCUGCUGUACCUGAGCGGCAUCGCCAUGAUACUCACAAAUCUGUUGAGGACCCUGAAGUUGCAAUGGUAUCAGACAGGCAUGGCAUAAUCUUGGCAAUGUCAAAUGAUCAAGUUCAUGAUGAUCAACCAAGAUUGCAAGUGAAGACAAUAGAAGAGCUCAAGCUGGAGUCGUGUGAAUGGGUACUGGAUGGUUUGGAUGCAAUGAUGAAGGCCAAAGCAAGUAAAGCAAGGUCGAAUCCAUUCGAGCAUGCUGGGGCGCACUGGUGUCUUUCCUUCGUGGCUGGAUCGGCAAACAAAUAUGUGGUGAUCACUCUAGAAAGGCACAGAGAAGAGAAGGUGCUUGGCAUUAAGCAGGCGUUUCGGUUCAGGUUGUGUCUGGUCAAUGUUCUGAACCAGAAGAAUUCCCUUAUCAUCGAUGCAAGGCAUGUCUUCUCAGAAGACCAGACAGCAUGGGAUUCUGGCUCAUUGAUUCGGUCCUCGUACUGCUCCAGUCCUGAGGAGGGCUUUGCUUGUGAUGGCCAGCUUCACGGGGAGAUAGUUAUCAUCAAAGAUGAUCAGAGUGCCACUUUACCUACAGCUCCAGGAUGUCUCCUCUCACCAGCUGGAUCUCGUAGCAUGAGUGGAAGGGAAUCAAAUAUGAUUAGAGGCUACCCUCACAGUGGUAUAUUGUCAAGAAUGAAAGUUGUGAGCUUAAUGCCGCGUCUAGUAGUUUUCGAAGAGUUCAUCACAGAUGAGGAAUGUGACCGACUCAUCGAGAUAGCGAGGCCACAUCUCAAGCGCUCGCUUGUCUCUGGAAGAGCAAUAAGCGAGAAUCGGACAAGCAGCAGCAUGUUCAUGACAGGGUCAUUGAUGAAUGACCCUGUUGUGCAAGCCGUCGACUUCAGGGCCAUUUUCUAUGCUGGACUACUUAGUAACCAAGUCCCAGAAGACCGGGAGCGUCUCCAGAUAAUACGAUACCAAGCAAAUCAAGAAUUUAAGGCACACUAUGACAAUGAAGUGGGGGAUUGCAGCAAGCGCGCUGCGACCAUGCUCAUGAACCAGUUGGCAAAAGAGGCCAACAUCAAUGUGCACAACUUUCCUUCGUUUAGCAAGGUAGCCCUGGACCUUGAAGCAAAGAUAGGGCAUGGACAGACACCCACUACGGAAGGGAAAAAGAAGACGCUGCCUCCCAACUGGAAGGCGAAGGGUCGCUUAAUGUUUGUCGACAAUGAUGGUUCAACCAUCGAGUUGGACGGCAACCUUCAGGAGGGAGUAGAUGCAGAGGCAGGUGGCGAUACUUCAGAGGGUGGAGUAGUCGCCGCCGUAACCCAGCAAAAAGGUAAAGGGACCGGUAGACGCCCUAGGGGAUCCUGGUCGAAGAGUCAAACAGACCCCAAUGCUCCUCCAUGGGAGAAGGCGGGUCUAUCGGAGGACGUGUGGAGAGAUCGGUGGGCACGACAAGCUUGUAUCAAGUGUGGCCAAUAUGGUCAUAGCAUGCACAAGUGCCGUAAUAGGAAGGUCACCGAGAAGAUCCCGCCCACUAUGGGGUCGGCGGUAGGAUCCUCUCAACCUGUUGGCAGCAACAUUGCUAGUUCUUCAGGCAGUGCUCCGGGAAACACGUCUGGCCAGUAGGGAUAGUAGCUGUUCCUACUAGGGUCGCGAUGGUGGAUUCACCCUCACCUUCCCGAGAGAUGGCCCAAGCUACAGACUCUCCAGUCGUCCCGCAAACACAUUCAGACCCAUCGACCCUCUGUUCAAUGAACGUGUUUGAAUCCU